CGUUGUGAACGACAGAGGAGGGAGUUUAACAGGUAAAAUGCGGGGACAACUGAUGCCGAUCAUGAUAAGCUGCUAACACAACAACAAUACAAUUCCAAUCCUAGGAGCCGAACAUGAAUAUGGGCUGUAACUCUGAGGGCCAGCAGGUGAUGUCCCUGAGACUAUCUAGAGUUCUAAGGGACAUUGGUAUCACCAGACAGAUGGUUCUCCGUAGGAGGAGCACACAUCUGGUGAAGGAGAAGAUAAGAAGUGUUAUGAGCUUAAUAAGCAAAACUGAUAGUUUUAACGCGUUUUUCUUCGGUAGCCAAUCGGAAGGGACAACGACUCUAGGCAUGAAUUCAGACUUAGAUAUGUUAACAUCUGGAAACCGUAUUCGUGUGAUGAAAGACUGGGAUGACUGGGAACGAGGGAAGUUAUGUGUUUUUAUAAUAAAAAACGAUCGUUCUCCGCCCCAGCACUGCUGUCUGCAGGCCGCAAGACCUGACUGCCCUUUGCCUUUCACACGGGAAAGGAUGCCAGCAACAUGUGAUAUGCAGGCGACAGUGGACGGCAGGGUGCUACUGCCAAAUACUUGGAUGGACGAUGAGCUAAAGAAGGUCUUUGGUCGAUUAUUUUGGAAACAAGGGCCAUCAAGAAGUGCUAACAAAGAAACAGAUCACAUAUUCGCAUUUAGCUACAAUGGAGAUAUUUUAGAAUGCAAUUUUCUAUUCACAAGACCAAAGCCUGGUCACUGGCCCAGACCUGCCAUUCUCACAGAGGCACGUCAGUGUGAAAUAUUCCUCGUCCCACAGGGACACGCUGAGAGUGAUCAGUCAAAACUGGAAUGGAGAUUCUCUACGUCACUGAUUGAAAGACUGCUCAUGUUUGAUCUCAAUAUUUUGCAAAUACAGGUUUAUACAUUUCUAAAAAUCUUACGAAAGACUUUCUUUAAACCGUUAGUUGGUGAUAGACUGAGCACGUUUCAUUUCAAAACAGCUUUAUUGUUCACCCUUGAGACAUACCCAGAAGAAAUUUGGCAGGAGCGGUAUGUACUGCAGUGCGUUAUAUAUUGUCUCAAAACUCUUAAACGAUGGUUCAAACUUCGUUCUUGUCCGCAUUACACGAUCUCGGGAGUGGAUUUGUUUGUUGGAAAACUGCGAAAGUGGGAGUUUCCACCCUUGUUAACCACACUGUCUAAAAUGAUAGACAACAUCAUGGACUACGUUUACCAGAUAGAAAUGGACCAGAUAGGGGAGAGGAUCAGUGGUGGUCUCAGGCCUGUCAUGACAAGGAACAAAACUAUUCUAGAAAUAGUUGACUGUUGUAUCAAAUCCUACAUUGUCGGAAUAAUUUUAAUAUAUUGGGAAAUGACAUCAAAAUCGAAAGAUGUCUUAGAAGUCCAAGACUUUAUCAUACGAGUUCUGGAGCUUCUACCUGAAAGCGAUAUAAGAGAGGAAAUACAGCACACAAAAAGGUUUCUAUACCAAUAUAUUGCCACCAUGGAGACAUCCAAGUGUCUGCAAACGCACCAGCUCAUUCCACAAGACAUUUACCGUUUGUACGAGGCCUCCUUGGAUUCGGAUCUCACUUCUAGCAGAUUGAAGUUGGCAUCCAUGAUGUACUGCAGUGGUCAGUACGAAGAAGCGGAAUUCGUGUUGGCCUACACCGAAAGUCUGCUGCAUGCUGAUGUAAUGCAGUUUUGUCCGUAUUCGGAACGGUGGUUUGAUGUGCCAAAUGUGCCAACUGAGAGGUUUCUACAAAAGGCUAAUAAACGUCCAUUUUUGGAAGUGACACAACGGGAUGUUGCAUGCAGCGUGCUUUUUAAUCCAUUAGAAAUAUGCUGUAUACCUGGUGUCCUAGUAUACGAGAUGCAUAGAACGAUUAGUCCUGAAGAUUUUCACCAGAGACAUCCAAUGAAAGAACAGUGGAUGGACCUUGUAGUGAUUGACUCCAAACCAUUCAUUUUCUACCUGCAGUACCUCACAUUCAGACAACUGGGAGAAGAAGAGAGAAGACUGGAAGCACUUCACAAGUUACACAACUACGUUUGUGUUGAGAGUCGAUGGUGCGGUCAUAUAGAGACAGCCCUGCACGUACUUGGUCACUGCUUUGAACUUGAGAACCAAUAUGAUGUAGCAUGGACAUGCUACAGAAAAUCCCUCGAGAUCUUCCCUUACAACAACGCAGCCAGGUGGCAUAUCAUGAGACUUAUUCAGCAGGCACGGGGAGAACAAGUAGAUUAGAAGAACACAGCGUAUUACCCUACCUUGGUAGCUUCAAUAUUCAAAAUAACAUUUUGAAUGUUUGUAGUCUCUAUUGCAAUUUGUGAAUUGUCUGAAGUAAAUAUUAUGAAAUUAAGAGAGGUGUUUGAAGUACACCAUAUAACAAAAUUUCGAGAAGUGUCUGAAGUGAACCAUAUAACAUUUUGAGAAUUCUCUGAAGUAAACCAUAUAACAUUUUGAGAAGUGUCUGAAGUAAACCAUAUAACAUUUUUGAAAGUGUUUGAAGUAAAUCAUAUAACAUUUUGGGAAGUGUGUGAAAUAAACCAUAUAACAUUUUGAGAAGUGUGAAGUAAACCAUAAAACAUUUUGAGAAGUGUGAAGUAAACCAUAUAACAUUUUGAGAAGUGUGAAUUUAACCAUAUAACAUUUUGAGAAGUGUGAAGUAGUUCAUGUUAUAUGAGUGCUCGUGGUGACAGAAUAACAAUAAAUGAACUUCACAAUAACUAUUUAUGUUUCCGACAGGAUAUAUAUUAUAUAUAUGAUUGUAAUACGAGUUCAGAGACACAUUUCAAACCGAUUUGCAAUUAUUCGUAAUGAAUUGAUGCUCGUUACAUUUAAUAAACAAACAGGUGAUUUGUAUUUAAGAAUUUACAUAUAACAUAUAACAGAUUUAAGUCUGACCCUGAAUAGAUUCAGACGAUAAAAGUCAAUUUAGAGUAAGUCUCCGUAAUUGUUUGCAUUGCUUUUUAUGUUGAGUUUCUAUGUUCCGAACAAUAAAACAUUCGAGUGAAA